GGCGAGCAUUUGGAAAACUCGGGAAAAACUGCUCUGUAAACCAAAAUCAUAAAUAACUUACAAUGGCAGACAAAAGUACCAGUGCUACUAAAGGCCGCCGUCGCAGGCACAAACUAAAGAAUGGAGGAGCACCUCCUCCGGAACGCCCGAAAACCCGAAAAACUGAACCCGCUAAAGCCGAACCGGCGCUCACCUCGCAGGUUGUAAAGACGCUGCGCCAGCUGGUCACCGAUUUCAAGCUUAGCGGCGAGCACGAGCGUCAAUUGUUUAACUUGUCCAAGGCGGAACGCAGCCAGGUGCACUUCAUGGCCCUGUCCAUGGGCCUAAAGACGGCCAGCAAGGGACCCGUCAACGAGCGAGUGCUCACUAUGACGCGUCCGCAAGGGUCCCUGAAUACCCAGGAGCAUCUAAGCGGGGCACGUCUUUGGAUUAGCACGCAGGUGAUGGAGUUGCUUAAGCAGGCUCAGCCGCAAGUGGAGCGUAUGCUUCAGGCCAGCAGCCAAAGGCGCAACUUCACCGAACGUAGAAGCCAUCACCAGGUUGGAAGACCCAGCAACUUUGGCCUGAUUGGUCAGAAGCUGGUGCCUCCAGAGCAGCAGCGCCAACCCCAUAGUUCGAUGAUGGAGGAUCGCCGGAAUCUGCCCAUCUAUGGACACCGAACGAGGAUACUGAAAGCCAUGCAGAGCGAGCGGGUUGUGAUUAUCCAAGGAGCCACUGGCUCCGGGAAAUCCACACAGGUUCCCCAAUACAUCUUGGAAUCUGCUGCCCAGCAUCGCUUACCUGUGAAAAUUGUUGUCAGUCAGCCGCGUCGCAUAGCAGCCACAACUGUUUCCGAGCGCAUAGCCCAUGAGCGGGGCGAGAUGCUGGGCUCCACUGUGGGUUACCAAAUCAGGAUGAUCAAAAAGUGCAGCAAAAACACCGUGCUCACCCUAACCACCAGUGGCUGUCUCCUCCGUGUCCUGGCCAUGGAGGGCAAGUCCUUCUUUAGGCAUACCACACACCUUAUCAUUGACGAAGUCCACGAGAGGGAUUUAGAUACGGAUUUCUUAUUGCUUGCCACCAAGCUGGCUCUAGAGGGCAAUCCAAAUCUUCGACUGGUUUUGAUGUCAGCCACCAUGGAUCUGGAUGCCUUGUCCUCAUACUUUGGCCAGGCUAUGGUUAUAGAUGUGGAGGGUCGAAGCUUUAGUGUAACAACCUGGCACUUGGAGGAUAUUCUGCGAGAAACUGCCUAUUUGACUUGGGAAAUGGAGGAAUAUCUGGGCGAGAUCACGGGCUAUGAAGAGGAUCAUGAACUGCUGGCUGCCUACGAACACAAACGCAACGAAUCAGAUCCACAAAUAGACUCUAACCUGCUAGUUUCCCUGGUGGAAGUGCUGAUAAGAUCAGGGCAAAAGGGUGCCGUGAUUGUGUACGUUGCUGGCUACUCUGACAUGGUCACGCAAAUGGAGCGACUGGAGUCUUGCCUGCCACAGGAUAAGAUCAAGGUUCUAAUGAUGCACAGCCAGUUGGAUAGCCAUGAGAUGCGCAAGGUGUUCCACAUUUACGAUGAGCAACUAAAGGUCAUAUUGAGCACAAAUGUAGGCCAGACCUCAAUCACCAUUCCCGAUUUGCUGUUUGUCAUCGAUACGGGUCGCGCCAAGAUGAAUACCUAUGAUGCCACCACAGAUGCCUCGCAGUUGUGCACUGCUUGGAUCUCCCAAGCAGAUGCCCAGCAAAGGGCUGGAAGAGCAGGACGCUUGUGUCAUGGCAUUUGCUAUCGCCUCUAUAGCAGUCAACGCUUUAACCAGAUGAGUCAGUAUCCCAUACCGGAGAUUAGGCGUCGCACUUUGGAUGAAAUCUGUCUGAUGACCAAGGUGGUGGCUCCACAGCAAAAGAUAGCCAGAUUUUUGUCCCUAGCCUUGGAUCCGCCACAACCGGAGGCUGUUUUGCUGGCCUGUUCGAGGUUACAGAAACUAGGAAUCCUUGAGGAAACAGAGAAGAUUACCCCCCUGGGCCGCCUCAUAGCAGAGCUACCUUUGGGUGUACAACUAGGCAAGUUUCUCAUCUAUUCCCUGUACUUUAGAUGCCUGGGCAGCGCUGUUAUCAUAGCAGCCUAUCAUUCGGUGAGUGAACCCUUUGUCCUACCCGCCAAUGCUGAUCGAAACCAGAAGUUGGCCGCCCUAAACUCACGGGAUCAGUUUGUGGGCAGCACCAUGAGCGAUUCACUGGCCAUUUUAAAGUUGUACAAGGACUUUAACAGCUUGCAACGCCACAAGAUAGCCAGGUUUUGUGAGGAUAACUAUGUGUGCCGGCACUCCAUGGAGAUGUUUAUCUCGGCAGUGCGCAGUCUACGCGAAUCGGUGCUAAGAAUGUUUCAACUCACUGCGGCCACUGAAAGUUUGGUUAGCUCCUUUGACGAGGACCAUAACAUGAUCCGUUUGGCUCUUACCGCCGGCCUCUAUCCCAAGUUGGCUUACAUUGAUAGAGACAAGAGGGGACAGCUGCUGAGUGAUGGGGAUUCGUUCAUGCAGAUAUCGCGCAGCUCUUGUUUGCUGCGCAACAGGAAACUAAAAUCCCUGCCCAACGAUUGGGUUCUGUUUGUUGAGAAGAAACUCACAGCUGGCGGCCACUUCUCCACGCUAGAGCACACUACCCUGGUUAGUAGCCUCACAGUGGCUCUGGCGGCGGGCAAAGAAUUCUCUUUGAAUUCGCACAACUCUGGGUACUCGCAACUCUGCCUGGACACUUGGAUUCGGCUUAGUUGCCCCACUGAGUUUGGCCAGCAACUGAUACGACUGCGAGAGUUGAUAGAGCGCGAGGUGGCUGAGCUUGUGGAGACGCGCAGGGCGUGCUCCGCAGAACAAUGGCUGGGACCAAAGUUGGCCAGGGAAUUGUUGGGGAGGCAGCCGGAGGACUUGCUAGAUCUGUGAUAAUAGAUAAAAGGAGGCAAGGGAGGGAGGAGGGAGGGUACAUUGCAAAUUAGGUAUUCCUGAGCCAGGAAGAGGCUGUUUGAACGAUUCCAAGAAGCUGGCCAAUCAGUAUUUGUUUUUCUCAGUGAGUUUCUAAAGAACAAGACAGCAAAGGGACAGCCUAAUGUACCUGUUUGAUAGGACACCAAAACCUAAAAAAACUUGGGUUAUUAUGGGUUAUUUUUGUAGCUUCUUUAAAAAAUAUAUUUCCCAUUAUUAGAUUUGUAUUUUGAAUAAGUUAAAAGUUUAAAAAAUAUAUAGCCAACUUACUAGGCUUGGGAAUUUAUAGGAAAUUUCCCUUACUAGGCUUGGGUAUUUUCAGAAUAUUUUCCAGGAUUUAAAAACCCACUUAAUGGGACAUUUUCCUGCCCUUUAAAGACAUUUCCCCAAAUCAGAUUUGAACUGGGAAUUAGUCACUUAAGUUAAACUUUUCCUAGAAAUUUUAACAGCCUAAAAAAAAUCUAAGAAAAUCGCGUUAUAAUUUGAAAAGGCUUGGGUAUUUAUGGGAAAUUUUCCUGCCCUUUAAAAACAUUUUCCCAAAUCAGAUUUGAACUUUACUUCAGCUAAACUUUUUCUAGAUACUUUAACAGCUUAAAAAUAUGUAAGAAAAUCGCAGUAUAUAUAAUUAUUAUUAAAACACAAUUAUUUGAGAAGGCUUUACAUGGAUCCAUGUUGUGAUAUAUGUUAGGAGAAAACACUACCAUCAUUUCAACCACCUAGACUGACCAUUGACCUCUCAUUCCUUAAAAGGUAUUAAUUGAUAUAAAUUGAAUAUAGCUUAUAGGAAAUCAUUAGUUUUGAAACGCACUGUAGGCAGAACACAGAGAAAAACCAGGGAUUACAAUUAAGAGUUUUGAGUUAAAUAUAAGUUACUACCACAAAAAUUGAGCUGGAAAUAUGAAAUGUUUAGCUAUAUCAUAAUUUUUGAAGAAGUUUAAAAAAAAAAUUAUAAGUUUUUAUAAAAAA